UUCAUCGGUAAGAUCUUCAGCUCUGGUUCUCCUCUGAUAUUUGACCGACACAUCAAGGGACUAAACAUAUCAGAAGGAACUCACUGUUAUCGGCCACCCAGUGUGCAGUAAAAGUGUUCCUGGAGUAACAGAAGACAAAGUGAUAUUGAGCGAGAGACACAUAGACACAGAAAGAGAGAGAGCGAGUGGAGAAGGGAUUUCUUUCGGAGGGAUUUCCCAACCCAAGGAAACGGAGGUGCACAGUCCGACUGUCAGAGCCAUGGACAGACGCUGGAGGUAAAACAUGACAUCUGGAACCAGCUGAAGCUGUCAGGCUUCAUGUCUCCAUCCUCCCCUAAGGGAGGACAAGAAGAUGAGUGUCACCAACCAUCACUCCUUCAACAUCCUGAUCAUCCUCCUCCUGUCCACUGCAGCUUUCUCUGCACACUUUCGGGUGUGUGAACCGUACUCCGACCACAAAGGCUAUCACUUUGGAUUCCACUGUCCCCGUCUCUCAGAUAAUAAGACCUACAUGUUCUGCUGUCACCAUAACAAUACAGACUUUAAAUAUUGCUGCAACGAAACCGAGUUUCAGACGGUCAUGGGUGUCAAUCUGACAACCUCUCCGGAUGGUUACGCACACAACAAUUACUCUGCAUUAAUCGGCGUGUGGAUCUAUGGAUUUUUCGUAUUGGUGCUAUUAGCGGUGGACUUCCUAUACUAUUCUGCUAUGAACUAUGAAGUGUGCAGGGUGUAUCUGGAGAAGUGUGGUCUCGGGGGACGCUGGUUGAAAAAGGCCCGAAGUCAAUGGCACGCCUGUGCCCAGGAGGAACAAGACGCGGGAGCAACCCGACCAGCGGCACCUUCAGAACCUCAGGAGUCCCAUCAUCAGUUUAGCUGUGGACACACCCUGACAAGACACAGCCUGACGGAGGGAACGCAGGGCUCGACACAGAUCACACGCAACACAGCAACGGCCUGAAAGACCAAAUACGUUGGAAUCCCCAAGUGAUGAAGUGCAUCAUUGGAAAUGUAGCACAUGUUCCUUACCACAUGGAUUUAAGUGUGGGUCUGUUAGCCCUAAGAUAUUCAAUGUGGUCCAAAUCUCACUGAGCACAAGCUUCAACCCCUCUACAAAUCGAGAACCUCAACUCAAAACCACCCCAGAACCUUUAAGGAGCUAAAGGGAUUCCAUCAGGAGAAGGGAACUUCUAAACAGCAGUUGUAUGGAUAUGUGGAACUCCAGGAAUGGACUUCUUGUUGAUGUGAGACACUCAUGGGCACCAAAACUUGAGUCGACACAAAACUCGCCCACGGACACUCGACUCGAUUUCUGCCAUUUCAUGAGCUUGCCAGGAUAAAAGUAUAGAAGUGUAGCUGUGUGAUGUUUAUGUAUUCAUAGACAGGAGAUCUUCUAGAAGUAUCAGGAGAUGGAUGGAAGUUAUCAAGCAUUCUCACUACCCAUUAUUCCUCUAAUAACCAACCGUUUUGAGGUAAAUAUUACAGUAACUGCAGAUCAGAAUAUCUGAGAUUAAAUGUACACUUAUGCUUCAUGAUGUCAUAGAAGAACCAAUUUAUGGCUGAACUGUUCGGUAAAGAAACUUUAACAUUUGAAGAAGAAAUGAUUAUUUAUAUAAUAAAAAGGUUUAAAAGAAAUGGUUCUUUGACUGAAUAGUUCUUUGAGGAACCAAAAAUGGUUCUUCUAUGGCAUCGGUGUGAAAAACUAUUAAGCACCUUUAUUAAGAGUAAAGGGUUUCUGUUUUUGACUACUGUUGUGAUUAGGAUUUUUCUCAAUUGUGAGAAUCAGUGAAGUAGCAAACGUUUCUCAAUUAGUUUGUUUUUCUAUUGUAUUUAUUGCUCUGAAGAUCAGACGAGAUUUCACCGUUUGAAUGUGAGUGCGUGUGUUUGUGAGUGUGUUUUAUAAGGGUUUUGUUAUGCAGUUUUUGCUCUAUUAUGGACUAUAUAUUAUUAUUGAUUGGUUGAGUUUAUUUACAUUUUAGAUUUUGAGUGAACUGCUGAAAUAAACACAUGUGACUAAU